UACACUGCAACCUCCGUCUGUCAUGUACCCAGGAAAAGUUAACUUAAACUAUUCUGCUGUCAAGUGGAAGCUUACACAAUGCCAAAGAGCAGCCCCAAUAAUUUUAUUUCGUGGGUUCCUUUGCAUCCUGAUAGCGCUUCUCCUCUACACGAUGUACCACGUUUACCAGUUUAUCAAUUAUCAGGACUUAAUCAAGCGCAAUACGCCUCUUUCGGACUGGACUAUUGGCACGUCCCUCAACCUGAGUGACUACAUCAGCCCAUUGGACGAUACUGCUCUAAUUGUGCCUCGUGGCUUUUGUAAGAGCAAAACUCUUUUACUAAUUGUCGUGGCGUCGAGCGUAAACGGCUAUGACCAACGCCAGGACAUUCGGGAGACCUGGGGUAACACCUCACACUUUAACUAUCCAGUCUUUGCCAAGCUGCAUAGCCACCUGAAGGGAUCUUACCGUCCGCCCAUGGAGAGCCGAUUGCGCCUCUACUCGGACUUCCUCAGUGGUGAGGGCGAGACUCUAACGGCCUCUGUGCAAGUCGUGUUUAUCCUUGGCCGUAGCAAGAAUAGCUCCCCACGCGACAACGAAUCUCUAGUUCAGGUCUGGGAGGAGGCAUACCGAUACAACGACAUCCUCCAGGAGGACUUUAUAGACACCUACAACAAUCUGACGCUGAAGUCCGUGCUGGCUCUAAAGCACGUCAACAACAGUUGCUCCAAGAGCACAGCUUAUUUCUUUAAGUGCGACGACGACACAUUUGUUAAUGUUCCCAAUUUGCUGCAAUUUAUCCUAGGUGGCACUGUACCGCUAUAUAACGAUAGCAUAUUGUAUACGUCAAGGUGGCAGUCCAGCUUGAGAGCCACCAAUGGAGUGAUGCUAGGGAAUAAGUUCACUAAUUCCCAACCCCUUAACAAUGUCAACAGCAAGUGGUACAUGCCCUACUACAUGUAUCCACACAGCACAUAUCCAGAGUAUCUUUCGGGGGGCGGCUACCUUCUCUCCAUAGAUGCGGUGCAGCGCCUGUACGAAGCUGCCUGGUCUACCAAAAUGGUUUACUUAGAGGACAUUUAUGUCACUGGACUCUGUGCCCAGCAGGCUCACCUGAAGCCCAGGCAUAGUUCGCUAUUCACCAUUCUACGCACAACUAGGUUCUGCUCGUUCAAGGCAAUGAUAAUUCAUCAUCAGCUGAAGGGACGCCAAUUAAGGGAUGCGUGGAAGUUCUUUACUGACUAUAGUAAAAAGUGCUCGCCGCCAGAUCCCAUCGUUGAUUAGAAACGUGCCACCGAAAACGAACCUUUACAGGUAUUCAACAUGUAUUGAGCUAAAAAUGGAAACUGACUUUAUUUCUUAAAACCUGA